UAAAGCUUGUACAUGAUAUGCGUCUGGUUGCUAAAAAUAAUUGCUUCUCUAAUUAAAUAUACUUUAUUCCAAAUGGUCAAUGUAUAAUAUAAAUUAAUAUUUUAUUACGAAAAUUGCUCUUUUAAAUCUGAAUUCUUAAAAAUCUUUCUCUACUGAUUAAAAGUUCAUGUUAAUCUGUUUGAAACCUUGUUCUGUAACUAAGUGUUUUCCCCUCCUUCAUAUACUAACAAAAUAGGAAUAGCUGGCCAAUGGAGAUGUCUUUAGUCCGUUACAUAAAAAAUUCUCGUAACACUGAGACUCUCAUUGCUGGUGAAUUUAUGUUCCGUAAAAACAAAUGUAGAGAUGAAAAGGUUUAUUGGAAAUGCCGUAAAAGUGGCUGCAAUGCCAAAAUAACUACACAUAAUGGUAAAGUUGUGGGCUACUUUUUGAAACAUAAUCACGUUGAUAACAAUCAUGAUGAAAUUGUGCGGCUGGAAGGACUCCACUCAAGAAAUAGUCAACCUCAGGUUACGCAAGUAGAGAAUGUGAUACACCAAGAAAUAAUCACUCCGGAAGAAUCUUUUGUCGAUUAUUCAUUUGCUGUUGAAAGUAUUGUCACACCUACAAGCGGUAGUAGCAUUAUUAUAGAGUCACAGCGAAGGGUCGAUGAUCUGAACGGUAUUAAAGGUCCAAAUGAUGACCAUUCACCAAGUGAAACAACCGCUGCUGUUGCUGCCAUUGAAGACCCUGAAGCAGAGGCUGAUGCAGCAACUUCAUCUUUGACCAUUAUGUUUAAAGAAUUCAGUGAAUCACAGAAAAAAAUUGAACAGUUAGUUACUAAUCUUGUCUCACCUGGUGAAAGUGAUGAUCUACAAUCAGAGAAUAUUAGACUGAAGGAACAAUUGGAAGAGACUGUCCGUAAGUGUAAAUCGGAGUUGGAAGCCAAAGAAUUAGCUAUACAAGAAAGAAAAAGUCGCGCCGAAGCCAUCGAGAAAGAGAUGCAAGCUCGUCUUGCUGUAGAAAGAUCUAUUAAGGAAAAAUUAGCCGAUGAAAAUGCAGAGUUGAAAUUAAUCGUUGAACAUUACGAGAAAAAAAUCAAAGAACAAGUCCAAAGAAAUUUUUUAUUUCAAUGAAAAUUAUCUCUCAGCUUUUUUCCUUUACUGACAAUUUGUUACGAUGUGAUAAUAAGUAAAUUAACCAAAUUGUGUACAAAGACACUUAACAAGCAAAAACUCUGAAAACAGAACUAUGAUGAUGUUAUUUAAUCGUCAUCGCUUCUCCACUCUCUCUAUCUCUCUCGCCCCCAUGUUCCGACUUAUCUUAUCAUCCUCAUCAACAACUCUCCAUCAAAUUUUUUUUCUUUUUUAUUGUGACAACGCGUAAUUAAAUUUAAAAUUGAUUUGAGGAAAUUUUAACCAAAUAUGAUGGUUACUUUGUAAAAUUGAUCUAUUUGCAAUAGUUUAUUUUAUUUUAUUUGCUUUAAGUGUACCUUCAUACUUUUUGGAUUAAAUGAAACUCAAAAAGAGA